GAGAGGUUCAUCAUGAAAUCCCUCACAUGGCUGUGGGUGGCAGUCGUCGCCCUGGCUGCUGUCGCCUCGGCUCAGAGGAAGCGCCUUUUGUUCUAUGGCGAUGUGGAGUACAGAGAGUGGCAAGAAGCCGAGAGUCUAGGCUAUGAAGUCGUCAACGUCACCGAUGCUCAGUGGCGCUCCUUCACCGAGGAUGACUUCGCUCGGUUCGCUGCCAUCGUUGUCCAGGAUCCUGAUUGCAAAUCACUUCCGGAAGUUGACAACCUAAGGUUGCUCGAAGAAACCAAGACUAGAUGGUCGCCAGCUGUGACGGGACCCGUCAUCCUAAUCGGCACGGAUCCCUCAUUCCACGCCAAUGACUACGAAGGCGCCGUGUCUUUAAUCCGGGGCGGACUGAAUUUUGCAGCAUCAGGCAACGAAACGGGAUUAUAUUUCUCACUCUCAUGCUACUAUCAAAAUGUCGAAAGGGAGACGGUCUCUGUGCUGUCUGAGUUCGGCACCUUUGAAGUGCGAGGCCAGCUGAGUUGCUACAACGACGCACAUCUGGUAGCAAAUUCGACAGCUCUCUUGGGAAUAAACGACGAAGACUUGAGUGACUGGUCCUGCAGUGUCCACGAGGUCUUUUCCAACUACCCCAAGACUGGCAUGCGCGGUUUCGAGCCCUUGGUGAUCGCUCAGGGGGCUACCGGCGCCGGGAACUUGACUUUUGCAGACAACAGCACCGGAGUCCCUUACAUCCUUACAAAGUUUGCCACACCCAUCGGCUGCGGCAAUGGCAUAUGGGAGUCCCGUCUUGGCGAGGAGUGCGACUACGGUGACUCCAACGGCCAUGAUAACAGCACCUGUACCCUGUCUUGUAGGUGUUUAUAUGGGGCAUUGGGAAAUGGAACUUGUUCCUCUGUCAGCAACUCGACAAGUUCCUCGACCACUCGCGGAUUCAGCAGCACACUUUUCACAAACUCAAGCUCCACGGCCACUCCCACUACCAGCUCUUCAGCAACGUCGACGAGCGAGCUGUCCAAUUCCGUCACAUUUAUCACGGUUGUGGUCACAUCCACUGUGUCUAUUAACCCGUCAUCCUCGUCUCUCACUACCGUUACGACAGUUUCCACUUCUACCAUCUUGCCACUGACAUCAAACUCCUCGGCGGUCAGCUCUGGGACAGCUACCCCAGGGCCGUCAGUAACGACGAUCGUUAUCACUGCUACUGUGUCCAUCAAUCCUAGCUCCUCGUCCACGACAACCAUAACAAGCGUGGUACCAAUCUCUGACUCGGCAUCAAACCCAGGCAGCACGACGCCAACUUCUGGUUCUGAAGUUUCCACUGUUACUUCUGUUGUGACCUCAUAUAUAUCUAUCAAUCCAAGCUCCUCCUCGGAAACCGUAUACACUACUGUGUAUAUCACCGCCAUACCUGCUGAGUCUUCUACUUCUCCAUCGGCGGCACCAACAUCUCCGAUCAACAGUCCAUCAAUCUCCACCGUGACUUCGGUAGUGACCUCGGUAGUCACCGUAAACCCGAGCUCUGUAUCGACCAGCGUAUUCACCACUGUUUAUCCUACAACAAUUGUGCCAUCAACAGCCUCUGAUGCAGGACAAUCAUCUUCAUCGUCAGGGACAGCUGCGUCUUUCUCGAGGCAGUAUACAACCAUAACUUCGGUUUAUACUACAUUGGUUACUGUGAAUCCCAACUCGAUUUUCACCUCGUACUACACGGCGUACAUUACAGUCCCUCUCGGACAGAUUGCCUCCACGGCUCCUUUCCCGAACUCAACAGCCAUCCAGACGGACUCCGCCACGUCGACAUCUGUAUUCAACGUGACCUCAAGCUCGAUCUUGGUCACUGUCAUACCCACCACGAGCGUAUCAUCCGUAUCUCUCUCCUCGGUUGUCAUCACCGUGAUUCCGACUUCGCUAAGCUCCACUGUGGUCAGCAUCAUUCCGAGCACGGCUGUUGGGAACAUCUCGUUGAGCUCCACCUUGGUGACAGUUUUGCCGGUGACCUCGACGGCCGGAAGCCAGAUCAGCUCUCUGUCUUUGGUGCAAAGCAGCUCUUCUCAGUUGGUGACCGAGACUGUAUCGUCUACCGUAACUCUUCCUCAGCCAUCUGGGUCAGUGACGUCUGUUGUGGAAGCCAGCUCGUCUCAGUUUGUUACGGAGACUGUCUCUGCUACAGUGACCAUUAUCCCAUCAUCAAGUUCGCAGGCACUACCAAUCUCAGGAACUAAUUCGUCGGCGCUUGUUACUGAGACGGUGUCGUCUACCGUAACUGUUGUUAGUCCAUCGGGGUCACAGACCACAUCCGAUGUGGGUGCUAGCUCAUCUGAGCUUGUUACCGAGACUUUCUCUACAACCGUAACCCUUGCCCAGCCGUCAAGCAUUCAGCAGCCCAGCUCAGAAGCCGGCGCAUCAGCUAGCACCUCGAACCAGGCUGUCACCCAGACAGUGUCCUCGACAGUGACAGUCAGCGGCACCACUUCAUCACCCGUCCAGUUGCCGACCUCAGAGCCAACAAGCCAGUCAAGCUUGUUCACCGAGACAUCCACGGGAGCUGCUACAAUCUCUCUUUCGUCUGCAGGCACAACGUCGGUAGCUACCACCGGGCUUACUGAUGCGAUAUCUGCUACUAGCACUGGAGCAGAGACCGCUACCACCACAACAGACGUGACGAGGACUCCCUGUCAUGGCGGUGGCGGUUAUUCAUCUGUGAAAACUGACGCGUCUACGUCGCUAGGCAAUGUUCAGUCGACGUCUCUUACAGACGCCUGGUCUACCUCGGCUACAAGUGUUCUGUCGAGUUCGAGCUCAGAUCCGCAGUACACCUCGCUUAGAGAUGCCGUAUCUACUUCAAUCACAGAUGCUGUGUCCAUGUCAACUACCGAUGCCCAGUCUACGUCAGCAACAGAUGCCGUGUCUGCCUCGCUCACGGACGUACAGUCUACCUCAAACAGCUGGCUGACUUCAACAACUAUGGCAAUCGAGACCACUGAGGGUGCACUGCCCACAAGCGCCGGAUCCACAUCCAUCUCCAGUGGCUUCUCUACCAGCCUCACGGCGCCCUGGUCGACGAUAACGAAGCCUCCGUUCACCAUUGCUCCGUACGAGCCGACUCCGUGCCUUAGCUGGCUCAGCUACGUGACGGAAGUGUACGUUGUUUUGACCACAACCUGCCCAGAGGGAAGCAUUAGCACAACGACUCUGACCGAUCGGUUCACUACUGUGACGACGUCGGCUUGCGCCACUCAAACUACUCCAGAGCCGUGCUACGGCUGCAUUGUUGGAGCUCCAGACGCAGGAGAGGUGGUUUCAGUCACCGUGACCUCAACUGCAAGCGCAGUAAUUAUUCCCGGCCAGUUACCCACUGCUUCCUCUGAUUCAGGGUUCGGUUUCCCCCAGGACCCUUCAGAAUCUGUACUCCCUCGCAAGGAGAAGGCUGAGGCCGGCAGGGGCUCCGUCGUCACUGCAGGGGCAGGCAGAGUUGACGUUGGCCUAUUUGGUGGAGCCUGGCAGUAUGCGAUGGUCUGCCUUGUGGGGUUUGUCAUGCUGAUGGCUGUGUGA